AUGGAUGCAAGAAACUCAACAAACUAUGGCAUCCGUAAAGAGAGGACAUUUCGGCUUGACGUGAUUCUUACAAUGUGGCAUGACGGCUACUUUGAGCCAAGCCAAAAUCCUGAUAUGGCCCAAGGGUCUCUCGAAAUUUCCCCUACAUCUACUGGCACCAAUCACCAACCAUUCUGGGUCGUAUCUACCAAAGACAUAAACGAUCUUGUGUUCACGCGAGCUGCUAGAUUCAUUGUUCCUCUAGAUCACUUAUUUCGCGAAGCUCACAUCUCCAACACUAUUUCACCACCUUCUCUGAUUCUUGCUUUCUAUACAGCCCAGCUGUUUUGCCGACUUCUCACCUAUGCGCUGACCAGUAAAGAGCAAUUCCCGUAUGGUAAUUGGAUUUGGCUUUCGCGAUGGACUGCACGUAGCCGAACACACCACACCAGAGAGCGGCGAGAGCGCCUCGGCCUCGGCUUAAAUGAGACUAUUCAAAGGUCAGGGAUGCUCUGGACAUAUUGCUUUCGAAAAGCUUAUCCAAAUUUGGUACCUCGAAAUCCCAUCCAGCGAGGCUUUCUAUCUCAGAUGAAUGUGCAGCGUCUUGCUGUAUUUAGUAUUAGUAUCGAGCUAUUUUUGAGACAUUUUCUUAAUCAAGCGAAAAACGAAUUUGAUUGUGAGAAUAUCGCGUCUUGGAGCAAUCUCUACUUCCUGAAUCUUUACCGGAAGUUCAAAGCUCUGUGGGGAAUAGUCGAGAGCUACACAGAUCCAUUUCAUGAUCAUUUUCGUUGCGUAAUUGGAAGAUACAUCCUAGUCGCAUUUAAUAGCGACUCAAGCAAAGACGUCACCACAGAUUAG